UGUGCCACCUCACCCGAAGCCCAUUGUCGUUGACUCAGGCAUGGGAUUUAGGCAACGGGAACUCACCUGACCUAACUGGGAACUUAUUGUUCUCGUUUCCGUUUUUUUUGUGGGGAGGAAACUUUAUUUCCUCUUAAAUUAGAGCCAUAUAUUUUUCUCGGACUCCCGGGAGGAAGGGCUCAACAAGGCGUAAGCUUUUGUAGCUCUUAACAACCCUAACAACAACAACAGCAGCACAUCAUCACUUCCAACACUGCUGAACUCCUGUGUUCUCCUCUCUGACCAACCUGCUGGAUGGAGACGUCUUGGUAUAUAUCUUGAAGCUUAAUAAACACUUGCUUAUUUGUAUUUCCAGGAAAGACGAACACAAGGAACUGUACAAUAAACAUCUGAAAUAUCGUGGUAGUUUUCUUAGUGUCUGAUAUGGAUUUCUUAACACUACUUGGUUACUUACUUGGUAUUGCUGUUACUGCAGUUGUAAUUCUAUGUGUGGCAAUAUAUGUUAGCAGUGAAACAUACCCAAGAAAUAAUGUUUAUGAGUCAGAAAAAUUCUACAUAGAUGUUUCAACUGGCAAAAAACUGGAAUUCCCAUCCAUAACAGAUGCACCAACUAAAUCACUCUCAGUUGUUAUACCAGCAUACAAUGAGGAGAAAAGAUUACCUGUGAUGAUGAAUGAAUGCUUGAAUUACUUGGAAGGGAGAAUAAAGCAAGACAGCUCCUUCACUUAUGAAGUAAUCCUUGUAGAUGAUGGUAGUAAAGACAAAACAACAGAAGUUGGACAAAGCUACUGCAAAAAUUAUGGAUGUGAUAAAAUACGCAUUCUCACCUUGGCAAAGAACAGGGGUAAAGGAGGAGCUGUCAAAAUGGGUAUGCUCCGUUCUCGAGGGAAAUUAUUACUGUUUGCUGAUGCUGAUGGUGCUACUACAUUCUCCGAGUACAAAAAAGUAGAGACCAGCAUAAAAAAGCUGUGCAGCGAGGAAAGUGAUCUGAGUGAAGCUCUUGCAGUAUCAUGUGGAUCUCGUGCCCAUCUUGAAGAAGAGUCAGUUGCAACACGCUCCUUCUUUCGUACCAUAUUGAUGUAUGGCUUUCAUACCUUGGUAUGGCUGUUUGCUGUGCGUGGUAUUCGUGACACUCAAUGUGGCUUCAAAUUGCUUACACGAAGGACUUCUCGCAUACUGUUUAACAGCUUGCAUGUAGAAAGAUGGGCUUUUGAUGCAGAAAUGCUACAUAUAGCUCAGUGUCUUGAGAUCCCUAUUGAUGAAGUUGCUGUUGAAUGGAAUGAGAUUGAAGGAACUAAGUUGACUCCAGUACUGAGUUGGCUAGAGAUGGGUCUUGACCUAUUCAUCAUUUGGCUGCGUUACACUUUAGGAGCAUGGAGAAUAAAAGGAGAUAUAAAAGCUAAGUGAAAGUAAUUAUCUGAAGAACCAGUGCUAAAAUUAAUUAAACAUAUCCAUUAUUUUCUUUUUUAUCCAUUAUUUAGUUAACACAUUAUUUGGUCUCUUGUUGCCAAUGGAAGCACUUCCAAGGAGAAAGGGGUUGUAUUAUGAAAAGUUUGAUAAUUUCUCAGGCCUUGAACUGGCUUAACGAUAUACCCCAUAAAAAAAUAACCCUUCUUUUAUUUGAUAUUUUUUUAUGCUAUAUGAUAUUCAUGUAUUUACUGAGUUAACCUUCAUUCCACAUGUAGUAUUAAAAUUAUUCUUUAAAUAUGACAGAUGCAAUAAUGAUCAAGAUAAGGAAGUGUGUAUUGAACUGCUGUCUACUUUCUUGAAUUAAGUGGCUCCAUUUUGAGAUUUUCUUUGACCAACAAGUAUUUGUUAAUUUAUUUUAGUGAAUCUUUAUUUUUAUAACUGUUUUAGAUAAAAGAUUACAGUUUUAAUAGUGUGAUAUUUAGUUUCUCAUUAAAAUAAUAUUUAUAAUAUAAAGUCUUCCAGUAAAAGUAAUAACAUGAAAUUUUUUAUGAUAAUAGCCAAAAAAUUCUUUGAGAUUCAUGAACUUUCCUCUAAAAUUUGAAUAUGUAUAAUGUAGAAAUUCCACAAUAUAGACAUUGCACAAAGUAGAAAUUUAAAAGAAAAUUGUUCCUCAUUUUUCAAGUACAUAUAUUUACUCUUGUGUACCAUUUUACUAAGAUGGGCUACUUGCUAUGUUUGUAAGUGUGUAUAUACACACACUGUGUAAACAUUUUAUUCAUAAUAUUUUCAACAACAUUGAACACAUUCCUUAUGUGACAAGAAAGGAUAAACUAUAUAGUUUUGAUUUUGAAGAGCAUGUACAAUUGCAAUGCUCAUCUCCUGACCUGCUUUUAUUGCCGGAAUUUUACUUGCUGUAUAAGCCUAGAAGACUUGGAAAUUUAGGUUUUAUUUUUGAGUUUUAAGAAUAACCGGUAAGUUACUAGGUAAAAUGAAUUCAACAGCUUCUAAAUAAUAAUUUUUUUUCUAAUAACUGACGAGAUAACAAAUGUAGAUAAGAUAACAGAUAUAUGUAGUUUUUUCUCCAUCUAUUUCUUCUGUUUAAGGUGCUUGAACUGUCAAGAGUUAUUAGCACAGCAAAUGUAGCUUACACACCAUCUAGGAUGAGGGGCCAGGAAUGGGAACCUAAAUAUGUUUAUUGAGGCACAAGUAAGUAUGAAGAUGCAGAAUGAAUAAUUGAGCCUAUACAAUUCAAAUGUAAAUGUCAUAGAACUAAUUCAUGUCCAAUUUUUAUCAUAAUUCUAGCCCAAAAGCUAAAUCUUGACCCUGAUAAACUCAAGUUAGCAAUUACAAGAGAGCCCCUAGUCUGUUUUCAUAUUGCUUUUAUACAUCAUUUAAUUUACAUGCUAGAGCAUACCACCCCUUACUAUGUGACCGACAACAGUAGACAUCCAGAUACAGUACCUGCUAAGCACUGUAUCUAUCUACAUACCUAGAUUACCCCCGUCCAUCUAGCAGUACCUGCUAGAUGAAUAGGGGCAGCAGAGUAAAGAGAAUUGUCCCUGCUUCAUCAAAAUGGGAAUGAAAUGUGGGUUCUUUCAUUUAUGAGAUGAAUGUUCUGCCCCUGAGAUACAGGUCACUAUUACUGUGCAUUAUUAAGCAUAAAUAAAGUCAGAUUCGAAAAUUGAGAGUUGACACUGUAGAGUACAUACAGUUUACUCAUAUUUGCAGGAGGACUGCAGCAUGUAAAAUUAAGAAUUAAAUAUUCAAGUUCAUUUGCACUAUAUAGUUAACCAUCAGACAGGUGAGUUUGAUGAAACAAGAAACCAGGAGACCUGGUAAUGGAGCCUACAGAAUCUCUAGGGGCAUAUACAAUAAAAUAUAUUUUGGUAUUGGAUAUUAGUCAUAAAACUUUGCAAAAAUAUUUUGGUUCUUGAUUUUUUUUUUACCUAAUGGCCAUUUCCCGCCAAGGCAGGGUGAUCCAAAGAAAACACUUAUUGUAUAUUAGUUACAUUUAAAAAAAUAGAUAUAGGACUAAUAAAUGGGCCUCUUAAUAAGCCUCCAGGCUUGUAUUUCUAUUUUUGUUUACUUCUGUUACUUAUUUUUUUCUUACCUUUUUGCAUUGCAUAUUUUCAUCAGUUCAUUAAUUUCAGUAACUCUUCCAAUACUUGAAAUUUAUGUGUUUCUCAUUUCAUGUUUAACUCUCGUGGGUCAGAGUUGGAAAAAGUACCAUAUAUUUUCAUGCAGUCCUUUCCCUGAAUCUAUUUAAAUAUUUCUACCUUUCAUAACCCUAGGAAUUCACUUUUUCUCUCUCUUACAUUAUUUCCCAUGCUUUUUACUACAUUUGUAUGGUAUUCUACCAUAUAAUUUUUAAAGGAUAAAAUACAGAAAUUGGCGAUAAGCUUUAGAAAGUAUGAGGUGCUAUCAAGCAAUUCUGGCACUGCUGUUGCUGCAAAAAAAAUAUAGGCUUGCCUCAUCACCUGGUCAAAGUUGCCUUCCUCAACUUAGGAGGCUGUACACUGAUCCUAGCACCACUGCCAUUUCUCAAAACAUUUUUGGAACUCUUCUUUCCUAAUGGUGCCAAGCAAGCUCUGCAAUUUUGUUUGAAUCUUUUCAUCAUUAAAACACUGCCCCUUGAAUGCCAUUUUUAUUUUUUAGAAGAGAAAGAAGUCGCAGGGAGCUAAAUCUUGGGAAUUGAAAGGGUAGGAUAUUACCAUGUUAUUUUCCAAUGUUGGCAUCUAUUUGUGACUUUGACUUUGAUGGAUGACCAGAGCAUUCAUCCCUCAACUGAUGUUCAUCCUGCCUUGAAUCAAGAAAACCAUUCAAAACACUGUCUGAUCCAUUGCUUUGUCACUAAUUGUUUGCUGAAGCAUUUUGUGAGGGGUCACUAACUGGUUGAUUAAGCUUGAAACAGAAUCUGUGUAUGUAUAUAAUGCGUAUAUAUAAUGAAAGUAGUUUGUUAGAUUAUGUAUUGGUGGAUAAAAGGUUGAUGGGUAGGCUCCAGGAUGUACACGUUUAUAGAGGGGCAACUGAUAUAUCGGAUCAUUAUUUAGUUGUAGCUACAGUUAGAGUAAGAGGAAGAUGUGAAAAGAGAAAAAUGGCAACAACAAGCAAGAGGGAGGUGAAAGUGUAUAAACUAAGGGAGGAGGAAGUUCAGGUGAGAUAUAAGCAACUAUUGGCAGAAAGGUGGGCUGGUGCAAGUAUGAGUAGUAGGGGAGGUUGAAGAGGAUUGGAAUAGUUUUAAGAAUGCAGUAUUAGAAUGUGGGGCAGCAGUUUGUGGUUAUAGGAGAGUGGGUGUAGGAGGAAUGAGGAGUGAUUGGUGGAAUGAUGAAGUAAAGGGUGUGAUAAAAGAGAAAAAGUUAGCUUAUGAGAGGUUUUUACAAAGCAGAAGUGUUAUAAGAAGAGUAGAGUAUAUGGAGAGUAAAAGAAAGGUGAAGAGAGUGGUGAGAGAGUGCAAAAGGAGAGCAGAUGAUAGAGUGGGAGAGGCACUGUCAAGAAAUUUUUAUGAAAAUAAGAAAAAAUUUUGGAGCGAGUUAAACAGGUUAAGAAAGCCUAGAGAACGAAUGGAUUUGUCAGUUAAAAAACAGAGUAGGGGAGUUCGUAGAUGGGAAGAUGGAGGUUUUGGGUAGAUGGCGAGAAUAUUUUGAGGAACUUUUAAAUGUCAACGAAGAAAGAGAAGCGGUAAUUUCAUGCAGUGGCCAGGGAGGUAUACCAUCUUUUAGGAGUGAAGAAGAACAGGAUGCGAGUGUGGGGGAGGUGCGUGAGGCAUUAUGUAGAAUGAAAGGGGGUAAAGCAGCUGGAACUGAUGGGAUCAUGACAGAAAUGUUAAAAGCAGGGGGGAUAUAGUGUUGGAGUGGUUGGUACUUUUGUUUAAUAAAUGUAUGAAAGAGGGGAAGGUACCUAGGGAUUAGCAGAGAGCAUGUAUAGUCAUUUUAUAUAAAGGGAAGGGGGACAAAAGAGAUUGUAAAAAUUAUAGAGGAGUGAGUUUACUGAGUAUACCAGGAAAAGUGUACUGUAGGGUUAUAAUUGAAAGAAUUAGAGGUAAGACAGAAUGUUGGAUUGCGGAUGAGCAAGGAGGUUUCAGAGUGGGUAGGGGAUGUGUAGAUCAAAUGUUUACAUUGAGGCAUAUAUGUGAACAGUAUUUAGAUAAAGGUAGGGAAGUUUUUAUUGCAUUUAUGGAUUUAGAAAAGGCAUAUGAUAGAGUGGAUAGGGAAGCAAUGUGGCAGAUGUUGCAAGUACAGUAUAUGGAAUAGGUGGUAAGUUACUAAAUGAGGAUAGUGAGGCUCAGGUUAGGAUGUGUAGAAGAGAGGGAGACUACUUCCCAGUAAAAGUAGGUCUUAGACAGGGAUGUGUAAUGUCACCAUGGUUGUUUAAUACAUUUAUAGAUGGGGUUAUAAAAGAAGUAAAUGCUAAGGUGUUCGGGAGAGGGGUGGGAUUAAAUUGUGGGGAAUCAAAUACAAAAUGGGAAUUGAAACAGUUGCUUUUUGCUGAUGAUACUGUGCUCAUGGGAGAUUCUAAAGAAAAAUUGCAAAGGUUAGUGGAAGAGUUUGGGAGUGUGUAAAGGUAGAAAGUUGAAAGUGAACAUAUAAAAGAGUAAGGCGAUGAGGGUAUCAAAUGAUUUAGAUAAAGAAAAAUUGGAUAUUAAAUUGAGGAGGAGGAGUAUGGAAGAAGUGAAUGUUUUCAGAUACUUGGGAGUUAGCGUGUCGGCGGAUGGAUUUAUGAAGGAUGAGGUUAAUCAUAGAAUUGAUGAAGGAAAAAAGGUGAGUGGUGCAUUGAGGUAUAUGUGGAGACAAAAAACAUUAUCUAUGGAGGCAAAGAAGGGAAUGUAUGAAAGUAUAGAAGUACCAAUACUCUUAUAUGGGUGUGAAGCUUGGGUUGUGAAUGCAGCAGCAAAGAGGCAGUUGGAGGCAGUGGAGAUGUCCUGUCUAAGGGCAAUGUGUGGUGUAAAUAUUAUGCAGAAAAUUCGGAGUGUGGAAAUUAAGAGAAGGUGUGGAGUUAAAAGUAUGUCAGAGGGCUGAAGAGGGGUUGUUGAGGUGGUUUGGUCAUUUAGAGAGAAUGGAUCAAAGUAGAAUGACAUGGAGAGCGUAUAAAUCUGUAGGAGAAGGAAGGCGGGGUAGGGGUCGUCCUCGAAAAGAUUGGAGGGAGGGGGUAAAGGAGGUUUUGUGAGCGAGGGGCUUGGACUUUCAGCAAGCGUGCAUGAGCGUGUUAGAUAGGAGUGAAUGGAGACGAAUGGUAUUUGGGACCUGACGAUCUGUUGGAGUGUGAGCAGGGUAAUAUUUAGUGAAGGGAUUCAGGGAAACCGGUUAUUUUUAUAUAGCCAGACUUGAGUCUUGGAAAUGGGAAGUACAAUGCCUGCACUCUAAAGGAGGGGUUUGGAAUAUUAUCAGUUUAGAGGGAUAUGUUGUGUAUCUUUAUAGGUAUAUGCUUCUAAGCUGUUGUGUUCUUAGCACCUCUGCAAAAACAGUAAUUAUUUGUGAGUGAGGUGAAAGUGUUGAAUGAUGAUGAAAGUAUUUUCUUUUUGGGGAUUUUCCUUCUUUUUUGGGUCAUCCUGCCUCGGUGGGAGAUGGCUGACUUGUUAAAAAAAAAUAUAUAUAUAUUUUUUAACAUGUCGGUCGUCUCCCACCGAGGCAGGGUGACCCAAAAAGAAAGAAAAUCCCCAAAAACAAAAAUGCUUUCAUCAACACUUUCGCCUCGCUCGUAAUUAAUCACUGUCUUUGCAGAGGUGCUCAGAUAUGACAGUUUAGAAGUCUCUCCAGACUGCCUAUAUCCCAAACCCCUCUUGUAACCCUUUGACUGUUUCGGUCAUAAUAUACGUCUUGCGAACCACUGUUUCUGACGUAUUUAUAUGCGUAAAUUCUAGCGGCUUCAAAUCAAGUGGGAGAAAGCUGGUAGGCCCACAUGUGAGAGAAUGGGUCUGUGUGGUCAAUGUGCACCACAUAAAAAAAAUCCUGCAGCACGCAGUGCGUAAUGAGAAAAAAUGAUCGUUUUUUGGACUAAAACACUGACUUUGAGGUGUAUUUUUGUAGAGUAUUUAUCGUUGUAUUCUCCUUUUCAUGGUCUUGGGUGAUAAAAUGGAAAACAUAUUACAGAAAUAGAGAUGAUUUUGAUUAGUUUCACAAAAACGACCUUGAAAUUGAGCUCAAAGUAGCGGAAAUGUUCGAUUUUUACCAAUGUUCAGGAGUAAGCAAAUCACACCACACGUCUAAUACACUUCAACUGGGGAGUCUAAUAUUCUUUCACUAGUGCACUGAUAUUAUUUAUACCAUUUUUACAAUAAUGCAGUAGCCUGCAAAACAGUAAAUUUUGUAUUUUUUUUGUAUGACUAAAAAAUCAAAAUAGAAAGCAAUAGUAAUAUAAGAGGGGCCUAGAGAUGUGACUAAUGAACAGAGGAUAUGUUAUUUUAGUGCCAAGAAUGUCUACAUUGUUUAUUCUGGACCGUAUUUUGAAAUUGGCAUCUUUUUUAAUUUGCGUGAAAUUGGCCAAAUUGCCAAUUUCUGACCACUUUAUUGGGUAGCUAAAAUCGGUAAAUGGGCAGUUUCUUGUACUCAACUGAUAGAAAAAAUGGAGUUCUAAAGAAAUAGCUAUGAUUUUGGUCAACUGGAACAACGGAAUUGGCCAAAAACAGGGCUCAAAGUCGGCACAAUCACUGAUGCUUAUAUGUUACCGAGACCGCUAACUUUGCGGGAGUGUAAUUCCGUGAGUUUUCGACCAAAUUUCGUACUUUUGGUGUCAUUACCAUUGGGAAAAGAUUCUCUAUCAUUUUAUAAGAAAAAAUAAUUUUUUUUUUUCCAAAAAUUAAUCGACAUAGAAUGAGUUUCAGAAAGGGGCCUGCGACAGUCAAAGGGUUAAAGUGCAGGCAUUGUACUUCCCAUUUCAGGGCUCAAGUCUGGCUAACCGGUUUCCCUGAAUCCUUUAACAAAAUAUUACCCUGCUCACACUCCAGCAGCUCGUCAGGUCCCAAAAACCGUUCGUCUCCAUUCACUCCUAACAUGCUCACACGUGCUUAUAAUAAUUACAAUAUCUUUAUUUACAAGGUAUACAGGCCUAGCUGACAUGAGUGACAUACUAGUAUAUAGAAAGCCGCUUGUUAUGCUGAGCAUUUCGGGCAAAUUAGGUCAGUUUUUGUCCCAGGAUGCAACCCACACCAGUCGACCCACAUGCAGGUACCCAUUUUACACUGAUGGGUGAACAGGGACAGCAGGUAUCUUAUGGAAACACGUCCCUAAUGUUUUCCAGCCUUACCUGAGGAGAUUCGAACUUGAUCUCGUUGUGUGAGCCGAGUGCGCUAGCGAUCGAGCUAUGGGACACUGAAGUCCAAGCCCCUCGCCCACAAAACCUCCUCUGACCUUUUUGAGGAUGACCCCUACCCCACUUUCCUUUCCCUACAGAUUUAUACUCUCUCCAAGUCAUUCUACUUUGAUCCAUUCUCUCUAAAUGAACAAACCACCUCAGCAACCCCUCUUCAGCCCUCUGACUAAUACACUACUUUUAGUGACUCCACACCUCCUCCUAAUUUCUACACUGAAUUCUCUGCAUAAUAUUUACACUCAUUACCCUUAGACAGGACAUCUCCAUUGCCUCCAGCCACCUCCUUGUUGCAGCAUUUGCAACCCAAGCUUCACACCCAUAUAAGUGUGUUGGUACCACUAUACUUUCGUACAUUCCCUUCUUUUCCUCCAUAGAUAACGUUUUUUGACUCCACAUAUACCUCAAUGCACCACUCACCUUUUUUCCCUUCAUCAAUUCUAUGGUUAACCUCAUCCUUCAUAAACCCCUCCGCUGACAUGUCAACUCUCAAAUAUCUGAAAACAUUCACUUCUUCCAUACUCCCUGUCUCCAGUGUGAUAUCCAAUUUUUCUUUGUCUAAAUUGUUUGAUACCCUCAUCACCUUACUCUUAUCUAUGUUCACUUUCAACUUUCUACCUUUACACACCCUCUCAAACUCGUCCACUAACCUUAGCAACUUUUCUUUAGAAUCUCCCAUAAGCACAGUAUCAUCAGUAAAAAGCAGCUGUCUCAACUCCCAUUUUUUAUUUGAUUCCCCAUAAUUUAAUCCCACCUCUCCCCCAACAGCCUAACAUGUGCUUCUUUUACAACCCCAUCUAUAAAUAUAUUAAACAACCAUGGUGACAUUACACAUCCCUGUCUAAGACCUACUUUUACCAGGAAGUAGUCUCCCUCCUACACACCCUAACCUGAUAACAUGUCUGUCUCUCACUCAUUGUUUUUCUGAAGAUUCCACUCUGUUAUACAAAAAAAAUCCCCAAAGUGCACUGACAUGACAAAAGCUGCUUAUCUAACCUCAAUGGAAUGACUGACCGCACUGAAACUUGACAUGUUACUUCACAGAGGAGUGUACUGUGCAGCUUGAUUUUUACCAUCCCCAUAUUUCACCCAGGAAGCACGCAGAUAGUAGUAAAGGAACUUUUUGAUAGCACCUCAUGUGUGUCCGAGAAUAUUUGUAUCUUUUUGGGUGUCUAACACUCGUUAUAAUUUGACCCAAAUUUAUUUUUAUUAUAUUAUACCUGUAUAAUAAGUAUAAGGAAUAUUGUAAUCAAUUUUGUGCAUGACAUUGUUUAAUACCACAUUUCUGGAAGGAAUUUUGUACAACUUGGUGGUUCAGUAUUUAUCACAAAUAGGUACCCUAAAAAAAAGCCCAGGU